GGGCAGCUAUGUACAUGUUAGAGAUGAUGUUUUUCUUCGACUUCGAGUUCUGAGACCUUUGGCCCAGUUUUUCCGAAGCUGGCAGAGGCCUCGAUAAGCUAGGGCGGGGCUUCCCAAGGCUGGAGUCCCAGAGACUUAUAAAGCCCAGCCCACAACUGCUGGGCAUCUCUCCCAAGGCCUGUGGACAGCUGGCUUUCUGCAGAUACCCUAGAGAUGCAGCGGCUUUUGGCUCCAGCAAGGAGGGUCUUGCAAGUGAAGAGAGUGAUGCAGGAAGCUUCGCUCACACCUGCUCACCCGCUCUCAGCAGCCCAGCAGAGGUUUUUUACGAUCCCUCCUGCUCCCUUGGCCAAAACGGACACUUGGCCAAAAGAUGUUGGCAUCCUUGCCCUGGAGGUCUACUUCCCAGCCCAGUAUGUGGACCAAACUGACCUGGAGAAGUUUAACAACGUGGAAGCAGGGAAGUACACAGUGGGCUUGGGCCAGACCCGUAUGGGCUUCUGUUCGGUCCAGGAGGACAUCAACUCGCUGUGUCUGACAGUGGUGCAGAGGCUGAUGGAGCGCACAAAGCUGCCAUGGGAUGCUGUGGGCCGCCUAGAGGUGGGCACCGAGACCAUCAUUGACAAGUCCAAGGCUGUCAAGACAGUGCUCAUGGAACUCUUCCAGGAGUCAGGCAAUACUGACAUUGAGGGCAUAGACACCACCAACGCCUGCUACGGUGGCACUGCCUCCCUCUUCAAUGCUGCCAACUGGAUGGAGUCCAGCUACUGGGAUGGUCGCUACGCCCUGGUGGUCUGUGGUGAUAUUGCAGUCUACCCAGUGGGUAACGCCAGGCCCACAGGUGGCGCUGGGGCUGUGGCAAUGCUGAUUGGGCCCAAGGCCCCUCUAGUCCUGGAGCAAGGGCUGAGGGGGACCCACAUGGAGAAUGCAUAUGACUUCUACAAACCAAACUUGUCCUCGGAGUAUCCGCUAGUGGACGGGAAGCUCUCCAUCCAGUGCUACAUGCGGGCUUUGGAUCGAUGCUAUGCAGCCUACCGCAAGAAAAUCCAGAAUCAGUGGAAGCAAGAGGGAAACAACAAGCCUUUCACCCUCGACGAUGUGCAAUACAUGAUCUUCCACACACCCUUUUGCAAGAUGGUCCAGAAAUCCCUGGCUCGGCUGAUGUUCAAUGACUUCCUGUCAUCCAGCAGUGAUGCACAGAACGAUUUGUACAAGGGGCUGGAGGCCUUCAGGGGUCUAAAGCUGGAAGAAACCUACACCAACAAGGAUGUAGACAAGGCUAUUUUGAAGGCCUCCCUGGACAUGUUCAACAAGAAAACCAAGGCCUCCCUUUACCUGUCCACGAACAAUGGGAACAUGUACACCUCGUCUCUCUAUGGGUGCCUGGCCUCACUUCUCUCCCACCACUCUGCCCAAGAAUUGGCCGGCUCCAGGAUUGGCGCUUUCUCCUAUGGCUCAGGCUUAGCAGCGAGUUUCUUUUCACUGCGAGUGUCCAAGGAUGCUUCUCCCGGUUCCCCUCUGGAGGAGCUGGUGUCUAGUGUGUCAGAUCUGCCCAAGCGUCUAGACUCCCGGAGGCGCAUGACUCCUGAGGAAUUCACAGAAAUAAUGAGCCAAAGAGAGCAAUUCUACCACAAGGUGAACUUCUCACCACCUGGUGACACACGAAACCUCUUCCCAGGUACUUGGUAUUUGGAACGAGUGGACGAGAUGCAUCGCCGAAAGUAUGCCCGGCGUCCCGUCUAAAGGAGGCCAGUAUGAGUAUGCUUGAAGGCCUGGUGUCUUC